AUGCAAGCGGACAGUGUAGUUGUUAUUAUGCCGCAUCCGACGGCUGAGUCGGUAAAGGCCACGUACUCGAGACGAGGAGUGCUGAUACUGUAUGACGUGCAUGCUUCGACGAUGAGCUUGGAGAGAGCAGUGGGACAAGGCGCUUCGUUGACGUCUGCGGACUGGACUUGGGAUGGUCCAGCUGUGAUAGCGGCAACGCAGGGCCAAGCUGUGAGGAUGGUGGACCCGCGUGAGAAGAUGACGUCGAAGUGCCAAAGGCACAUUCAGGUACACGACCCGUGGGUGUGGAUAGGUAUGGACGGACGCAGCAUUUUGUCACGUGUGGAAGCGAUACGCUGA